AUGCUUGAUAUCUACCGCCCUGAUCCCGCACAGGACACAAAAGUUUACUUUUCACACAGCAUUCUACCGUCCUAUGUUGAUCCGCAAAAUGUCUCCACCAAAAAGAAGCCAUUCUCUGUAUUGAACAAGCAAAAAUACAGCCACACACUCGACUUGAUACUCCCGGAAGAGAUCUAUGAGAUUUUAAGAGAUGGAUUGGAGCGGAGCGAUGGCCUGGGAAGGGCACGAUAUGCGCGAGUACAUAUGAAGCUCGGAGAAAUCUUGGAAAAAGAAUUCCUGGACGGGUACAUCAAGCAAGGAAACAUUGCGAUGUUAAGUGAAGGCCGACCGCUUGUCGACGAUCAGUUCGAGGUCUAUGAGGGUAUUCUACGGAUGGAGCUCACACGUCCAACGUAUGAACGAUGCGGCUUGCAUGGCACACCGAUGGAAGACGGCGGAAAGAAACAUCAAAAGCAACGGUGGAUCGUCGAGUAUGACUUGCGCGCCAACUCGGCUAAGCAUGGCAAGAGUGGCUUCUCAAGACUAGAAUGGGCAUGCAAGAACGUUCUUGAUCGUUCGCUUACUUGGCUGUUUUACAACUUCAAUCCUUCGUCUGCGGAGUCACUGACUGAAGGAAAAGAAGUCAUUUCCAAACACUCGCCUUGGUUACAUGACAUUGUACCUGAACAAGCAAGUAUUCAGGAGGUACUUGUACCGCAAUUUUCCCCUAGCGAUCUUGCAGAUCUGUACGCGGAAGAAGAUGCGCUGGGCUUGUUGGAAUACCUCCACAUGCUCAGUCUGGAUUCGCCGCGCGUCAGAAAAGGGGACAACAUAAAUCACCAUCUAUCACGAUACGAAGUGCCAGAUUUUGGAAAAGGUGUCGGAUCAUGUCGUAUGGUUGUCAUGCGCUGGAAGGGGUUUAUACCUCCGGCUUUCAUUCGCAGUAUCUUCCUUGCAAUCCGCAAAGAUGCGUUCAAGAACAAAAAGAGGGAAAAUGGCGCGCAAGGAGACGUGAGCAUGGAAGAAAGUAGUAUUGUCGAGGGAAGUGAAGGACAGUGGUUUGCUAUGAGCGCAAGUGGUUUCGGGGGUGCAAAUUCCUGGACAAUUAUGCAGUUUGCAGAUCGGCAGACACUGACUUGGGAGGUAGAGACCUAG